ACUCUCAAGCGCCCUUUUUCUUUCCUCUUCCGGGGUCGCUGUGUGGAGGCAUUCAAAAUGGUCCAGCGUCUGACCUACCGUCGUAGGCUGUCCUACAAUACAGCCUCUAACAAAACUAGGCUGUCCCGAACCCCUGGUAAUAGAAUUGUUUACCUUUAUACCAAGAAGGUUGGUAAAGCACCAAAAUCUGCAUGUGGCGUGUGCCCCGGCCGACUUAGAGGGGUUCGUGCUGUGAGACCUAAAGUUCUCAUGAGGUUGUCCAAAACAAAAAAACAUGUCAGCAGGGCCUAUGGUGGUUCCAUGUGUGCUAAGUGUGUCCGUGACAGGAUCAAGCGUGCUUUCCUUAUUGAGGAGCAGAAAAUCGUUGUCAAAGUAUUGAAGGCACAAGCACAGAGUCAAAAAGCUAAAUAAAAAAAAAAUGAAGCUUUUUUGAAUAAUAAAAAUAAAUAAAACGA